AUGGUUUCGAAAUUCAAGAGAGUUGCUACUGUAGCAGCAAGAAAGUCGGCUACACGCAUGCGUGCAGCCGGAGAGAGUACUUCUCACACCUCAGCAGCAGGUGAUUCGUCGCCUGCUGAUGUGAACAGUCCACGUGGUGAGUCACCACGUACAACAGGUACAUCCGCUGCGUCUGCAGCGGGUACUGCGAAUCGUAUUCCAGAUGAGUAUGAAAUAGAGCUCACAUGUUCUGGCGAGUCGAAUGAUGCAUCCGACUCGAAGGCGACACCUCACGCCUCCCGAUCACCCGGGGCGGACACUGCAAGAGCCAGGUUGACUGGUUCUGGUCAACGUGGUGGCAUCAUGCUCGAGAUCUUCGGAUUGAGCGAUUAUUCCGAUGAGUUUCAGCCUCACGCAAGUCUAUCCAGCGAUAGGACGCGUGGCGAUGGUGGUGACGCACCUAUACAUCACAGCGAGCGUAGCAACUCGAGAGAUCGAGGCGUCACUGGUGUCAGUGCUCACACUGGCACCAAUCAAGAGGCCAGGGACCGAAAUGUCCUGCGCCACGCUCCUUAA